UGUAGCACGCCAUCAUCCCUCAUUGGGCGGCAUCUGAAUGCUCUAGUCCUGAUGGGCACUAGAGCAAGCGAGAUACAACCCAUACCCAAAUCACAGUGUGGGCAACGGGUGAGCUGAGACUUGAGUGUAGCUUACCCCGUCCACCAUUUAAUAAAAAAAUAUAUCGGGUAUUUGUACUUUUCCAUCCAAUGGAUGCAGCAGUGAUGAACCCCCAGAUAAUGACGGAUGUCAACGGCAACAGCAAUAGCAAUGCCGCGAACGCCGAACUGGAGGUGAAAAAGCUCCAAGAGCUGGUUCGGAAAUUGGAGCGUCAAAAUGAGCAAUUGAGGACGCGGGCGAACGGCUGCACUGGCAGCCCCCACAUUCUACCUCCCUCUCCGGCCUACAUGGCCGGGAGCUACUGCAUACCUAGUCCGUUACCGACGCUACUGUGCCAGUCUUCCUUGGAGUCAUUUUUCCCGUUGGACGAACCGUUCGAAUAUUUACAUUCACAUUAUGUUGAUACUGCUCUCGACACGGAGGCUGAUUAUAUGGAACGUACGGUUCUGGAUGAGGUGGACAUUCUGGACCUAGAUGCUGUAUUCUCUCAUGAAGAUUCUGAAGCUACCUGGCUGUAUGUGUCAGCCAAGGCCCGGCUGUGGGGGGAGAGCCCUGUUACCCCCCUCCAGUGGAGCAGACAGGUCCUGGACAGCCCCAGAACAGAGGUGGAGUCGGCCCGCUCACUGUGCCUCAGGUUGGACCAAGUCCAUAGGUGGCGGGGGGUCUUCUCCAGCCACUCUUCCCCUGCCCUCCCCCUGAGACGUGUAGCUGGAGUGUCCCCCCUUAGUGCCUCGUUCUCCAGGUCCUGCCCCACCCCUCCGCCCGCUGACAGACCUGCCUCAUUCUCCUCACCACUCCAUCCUCUCCUCCACCUGUCCCUGACUCCUGUAGGGACGGCUGAGAGAAUUCCCACAUUCCUCCCAGCCAAUCACUCAGCCAAUCGCAGCCGCAGCCUCCGGCGGUUCCUCCUCAGCCCCCAGUCUUCCAUGGACAGUGAGCUCAGUGCCUCCGAGCUGGAGGAUGACGCCAUCACGCAGGGAUACAAGCUGCAGGACCUUGUUGACGUCCAGGUCAUGGCUCGUCUGCAGGAGGACAGUGAGCUCAGUGCCUCCGAGCUGGAGGAUGACUCCAUCACGCAGGGAUACAAGCUGCAGGACCUUGUUGACGUCCAGGUCAUGGCUCGUCUGCAGGAGGACAGUCUUCGUCAGGACUACGCCACCACCUCCAUCAACCGCCGCAGCGCCAGCUUCUCCUUCCUCUCCCUUCAGCACAGCGGCGAGGCCGACCUGGAGGAGGAAGAGGAUGAGGAAGAGUACGGGCAGCUACCUCCUCCCCAGCCCCGUCUGACCCGUGUGGGACCCACCCUGCAGCGCGGCCUCUCCCACUCCCACACCUUCUCCAGCAUACGGGACUGGAGGAGGAGCACAACCAGCCCCUCCACCCCUCAGUACCCCUCCGGAGGAUUCUCCUAUCAGCCCCCACCCCUGGCCCUGGCCAGCCCCACACUCAGCACCUACACACCCGAACAACAGGGCUUCAGGCCUGGAUCAGAUAAGCUGCGGAGGAGCAUGCCCAACCUGUUCAGGGCUCCCAGUGUGCCUAGCCCACUGAGCCCAGCCAAUCACAUCGUCUCUCCUUCCACCCUUCGGAACAGCCUGAGCUUCGACUCAUCCAAUGGGCUGGCCAGCAGGCUACAGUCCUCCAUCCCUUCACCCGGUCAGUUGCAGAACAGAGUCCAGAGUGUGGGGAACUUCCAGUCGUUGUCACGGCAACCCCUCAAAGCCACAGCCUACGUCAGCCCCACUGUGAAAGGGCCAGUUACCAUGCCGACCUCCACCAGUCUGCAGUCCCUGAGUGGGAUCCCCCUCCCCAGUAAACCAGCUGUGGGGGUUGGGGGGACUCCUACACCCCCCCGGAGCAGCCUGCCCCGCCCGGCCUCCUUUAUUGGGACCAGCUCCACCCCUCGAAGCAAGAUCGCCCAACCCACACGCAGUUUAUUGACGCCUCCUAAGAGCUUGUCCACCCUGAGUGCCCUACGAGACAGGAGCUGGAGAGAUGGCUGCUACUGAGAGAGGGAUGAAUGGGGACAUGAAUGGAGAGAUGACAUUUUGGAGAAGAGCUGGCAAUGUAGAGAGACCCUGCUGGUUGGGGUCACUCACUGCCACACAAAGUGUUCUUGGGGAAUUGAGAAGGCAGGUCAACCAAACUAUAGGGAAUAACAACCUUGUGUAGAACACCCUCAUGAUUGGGUAUGUGAGGUGUGGUCAGCACUCAGUCAAACAUGCAUUCUCCACCUGUCCAAUUUGGUCUGUGCCAAGGGGAAUCCCCCUGUUGAUAUGUUUAUGCACUAACAAGUUUUAACCACGUUAUGGUUACAUUAACAUACUAAAGAAAGAGCUGCCACUUUAUGCUAAUUAAGCCACAAUUUGUUUUUUUACUUUGGAAUUCUGAUUAAUAAAAGGUGUAUUUUCUCUUAAUGGAGAGCACCAAAUAUGCUGCUAAAAAAAGUCUAAAUCACUCCCUAUUGUCUGGGUGUAUUUGGUCUAAUUUUUACAUGGCAAUGUAUAUUUAAAAUAAAUCUUAUUAUUUAUUAUCUUAUGAUUAGUGUAGAGACUAAAGUUAACUUUCAGUGUGCAUUGUUGGGAUGCUGAUCGUAUUGAUGCAAUAUUCUUCAUUACUUUUUUUUAAAUGUGAAGCAUAUUAACCAAAUUACAGCUAAUGUCUGAAUCUGUUUACAAAAUGUCUCACCAAGACAGGGAAAUGACUUUAAGUUGUGUUUUGGACACUUUUUAAACUAUCAAGAUUCACUGGCAUAUCUAUGAAAUAUUUGUAAUUGUUGCACUGAUUGUACAAGUGUGAAUUGAAAUGUAAUUGUUUUUGUUCAUUUUAUUUGUGAUAUUGCACUUUUAUGGUUAAUUAUAAUGUUGUUGAUGAAGAGCACAGGGUAGAUGUUUUGUCUUUUGGGAUGAAGGAUUACUUUUUAAAGAUCACUAAUGUAGCAUUCUCCGUCUGUUAAUCAUAUUUUCAGUAUUUAAAAAAAGCAGGUUAGUCUUCAUGGCACAUAUCACCAUCUCUUUCUCAAACAUUUAUUUUAUUUUUAUUUUUACUGUAUUUAAUUGAACGAGUGUAGUUGUUUUAACUCAAAUUAAAGAUGUUCAAAUGAUAA